AUGCAAGCUGUAGAUAAAGAAGUGCUUACCCAACUACUUAAGUGGCUUGGCGAUCAACAGAAGUGUUGGCUGGCCACGGUAAUCCAGACCUGGGGUUCAUCACCACGACCGGUAGGUUCACUGUUUGCCUGCAAUGAAGGCGGUCAAAUGGUGGGUUCGCUCUCAGGCGGCUGUGUAGAAGAUGAUCUGCUGGCGAAACUGGCUAAUUCAGAGCUGGCAGCAGAAGGCCCGCAGUUUUUUGAAUACGGCGUCAGCACCGAAGAAGCGGAACAAUUUGGCUUACCGUGUGGUGGCACACUCCACAUCGUUGUGGAACCACAGCAUCUGAACCCGGACGCGCAAGCAAACCUGACAACCUUGACUGAAGAGCUGGAUGCCAGGCGCUGUGUUGCGCGCCAGGUCGACUUGAAAAGCGGUCGCAGUACUGUGCGUUGCGUAACCAAACACAGCCCCCUGGUGUUCGAUGCAGAGACGCAGGUGUUAACGCAUACCUACGGCCCCCGUCUGCAACUGUUUAUUAUCGGCGCCGGAAUGGUCAGUCAGUAUCUCGCUGAAAUGGCGUUGAUGCUCAAUUAUGAAGUGACGGUCUGUGACCCGCGACAGGCGAUGGUGGACGAUUUCAGCGUCGCAGGCGUGCGGACCAUUGUCGACAUGCCGGACGAUGCUAUCAGAGCCUGCGCCAAUGACGAAUUGACGGCCAUUGUUGCGUUGACCCACGACCCGCGUAUUGAUGAUAUGGGUCUGAUGGAAGCGCUCACAACGCAAGCAUUUUAUAUUGGUGCGAUGGGUUCAACCCGCACAUCUGCCAGCCGCCGCGAGCGUCUGCUUGCCCUGGAUGUCAGUGCUGAAAACAUCGACAAACUGCAUGCCCCUAUCGGCCUGCCUAUAGGUUCCAAAACUCCGCCAGAAAUUGCGAUUGCCAUUCUCGCGGAGAUAAGCCCAGUGCAGGUUGACAGCGGCGCUCUGAUCCUUGGCGCGGGGUUUUCACGUCGGUUCGGUGCAGAUAAAAGGCUUGCGCAACUCAACGGUGUCAGCGUUGCAGAGUUAACACUGCAGACAUACUGCCGUGUAUUCAGCGCCGUUCGUGUGGUCGUGAAACCCGAAGAUACCGCGCUGAUCAGUCUGAUCGAAGCGUUGCCUGUAGAUAUUAUCCGCUGUCCUGAUGCCCAUCUGGGCAUGGGGUAUUCACUGGCCUGUGGUAUUCGCAAGCUUCCCUGGGACUAUGCUUUUAUCGGCUUGUUAGACAUGCCGUUUAUACAAGUUCAAACGCUUGAAAACCUUAAGCGGGCGGCAUUGGAUGCACCUGCAAAAGCGAUUAUUCAACCCCGGCUGGGGGGUACUUCUGCCGGACACCCUGUGGGUUGGCCCCGCCACUACUAUCCUUUGUUGGGAGAGAUUAAUGGCGAUCAGGGUGCGCGUGGUUUGUUAGAGUAUUAUCAAAAAGAGAUAAAAUACGUGGUCACGGAUGAUAUCGGUAUCAUCCGUGACAUAGAUCGUCCUGAAGAUUUACAGAUACCGCUGUGA